GCGCGGUACGUCGCCGCGGGCCGCGUCUGGCGCGCCUGGGGUUCGGUUGGGGGUGUGGUGGGCCGCGGUGGUUCGGCCGGCUAGUGAGGGCUCGGGAGCGCGGCCGGCAGCAUGCCAGAGAUUAGGGUCACUCCCCUGGGGGCUGGCCAGGAUGUGGGCCGAAGCUGCAUCCUGGUGUCCAUUGCUGGCAAGAAUGUCAUGCUGGACUGUGGAAUGCACAUGGGCUUCAAUGAUGACAGGCGCUUCCCUGACUUCUCCUACAUCACCCGCAACGGCCGGCUGACCGACUUCCUGGACUGUGUGAUCAUCAGCCACUUCCACCUGGACCACUGUGGGGCACUCCCCUACUUCAGCGAGAUGGUGGGCUAUGACGGGCCCAUCUACAUGACCCACCCCACCCAGGCCAUCUGCCCCAUCCUGCUGGAGGACUACCGCAAGAUUGCUGUGGACAAGAAGGGCGAGGCCAACUUCUUCACCUCCCAGAUGAUCAAAGACUGUAUGAAGAAGGUGGUAGCUGUCCACCUCCACCAGACGGUCCAGGUGGACGAUGAACUUGAAAUCAAAGCCUACUAUGCAGGCCACGUGCUGGGGGCAGCCAUGUUCCAGAUUAAAGUGGGCUCAGAGUCUGUGGUCUACACGGGUGAUUAUAAUAUGACCCCAGACCGGCAUUUGGGAGCCGCCUGGAUUGACAAAUGUCGCCCCAACCUACUCAUCACAGAAUCUACAUAUGCCACCACCAUCCGGGACUCCAAACGCUGCCGGGAGCGAGACUUUCUGAAGAAGGUCCACGAGGCUGUGGAGCGUGGCGGGAAGGUGCUGAUCCCUGUGUUUGCCCUGGGCCGCGCUCAGGAGCUCUGCAUCCUGCUGGAGACCUUCUGGGAACGCAUGAACCUGAAGGCCCCCAUUUACUUCUCCACGGGCCUGACAGAGAAGGCCAACCACUACUAUAAGCUCUUCAUAACCUGGACCAACCAGAAGAUCCGUAAGACCUUCGUCCAGAGGAACAUGUUUGAGUUUAAGCACAUCAAGGCCUUUGACCGAGCAUUUGCUGACAAUCCAGGUCCCAUGGUUGUGUUUGCCACCCCAGGCAUGUUGCACGCUGGCCAGUCCCUGCAGAUCUUUCGGAAGUGGGCAGGGAACGAGAAGAACAUGGUCAUCAUGCCUGGCUACUGCGUGCAGGGCACUGUGGGCCAUAAGAUCCUCAGUGGGCAGCGCAAACUGGAGAUGGAGGGGCGGCAGGUGUUGGAGGUCAAGAUGCAGGUGGAGUACAUGUCCUUCAGUGCCCAUGCUGAUGCCAAGGGCAUCAUGCAGCUGGUGGGCCAGGCGGAGCCCGAGAGUGUGCUGCUCGUACAUGGGGAAGCCAAGAAGAUGGAGUUCCUGAAGCAGAAGAUUGAGCAGGAAUUCCGGGUCAACUGCUACAUGCCAGCCAAUGGUGAGACGGUGACGCUGCCCACAAGCCCCAGCAUCCCUGUGGGCAUCUCACUGGGGCUGCUGAAGCGGGAGAUGGCACAGGGAUUGCUUCCUGAUGUCAAAAAGCCACGGCUCCUACAUGGCACUCUGAUCAUGAAGGACAGUAACUUCCGGCUCGUGUCCUCAGAGCAGGCGCUCAAGGAACUGGGCCUGGCUGAGCAUCAGCUGCGCUUUACCUGCCGUGUGCACCUACAUGACCCUCGUAAGGAGCAGGAGAUGGCCGUGCGUGUCUAUAGCCAUCUGAAGAGUGUCCUCAAGGACCACUGUGUGCAGCAUCUUCCUGAUGGGUCUGUGACGGUGGAGUCCAUCCUCAUCCAGGCUGCUGCCCACUCAGAGGACCCAGGCACCAAGGUGCUGCUGGUCUCCUGGACCUACCAGGACGAAGAGCUGGGAAGUUACCUCACGUCGCUGCUCAAGAAGGGCCUACCCCAGGCCAGCAGCUAAGGUCAGCUGGUCACCAUAGGGACUUGGGCUUCCCCUCCAGGGCCACAUGUGUCUCAGCCCUCAUUCUGUGUCCCUGGAUGGGGAGCCCACGGCUGGUUACAGCCUUGUCUUUGAGGACAAGACCACAAGUGUCACUGCCUGCCCAACUGGCUGGUUUUGGCUGAGGAAAGAAAGAACUCUGGGGACCUCAUGACCUUUUAUUUCUGUUCCUGAGCCCCUGAGAUGGGUGGCUGCACCUGAGGUACUAAUUUUCAGUAAAAACAGAACCAAAGA